AUGGUGAUUUUGCCACCGAGUGUACUCUUCAUGGCUUUCUUCACAGAAGGAAAUCUGCUGGGAAACGUGACAGUGCACGUUAACGACACAGUCAAUCUCACCUGCACUGCUAAGAACGUCAAACCCGCACCAGACUUCUUGUUUUACAAAUACAGGCCCGCGCACAACACGACGGAGCAGAUAACGGAAAAUAUUUACCCGGCCGUCGUCUCUCCGGCGAGCUCGGCAGCAGACGAGCUUCUCCUCAUCGUUAGCAAGAGUCUGAGCAUCGUUGCCCUGACGACGGACGACGACGAAAGCCAGAUCAUCUGCCAGGCGGUGCAUGCGGGCCUGCAGAUCGGCGAUCCUGCAGGCAGGACCUCCACGCAGCUGUCUGUGGAGUUCAAGCCGAUUGUCAAGUCAAACUGGCCUGCAAAACUUGAAUACGUAUCGGGAACGAGCGUUACCAUCCUCUGCUAUGCGAGGGGCAACCCGGCUCCUGAAUUCACCUGGAUGAAGGACAACAGAACAUUCCAGAACGGGGCGGUGCUAAGCAUCAGCGAGAUAGAGGAGUCGGACCAGGGCAGAUACACGUGUGUUGCCUUCAACAAGUAUGGUCUGGACAGGUCAGACGAUGUGCCAGUCAUUGUUAUAGAUACCGUGAAUGCAGGUCUCAUUCUUGCCAUGGUCAUUGUAGCGAUCGUCGUCAUGGUGGUCGUUGUUGCCACAGCUUUCCUCGUCGCAAAAAAUCGAGUCUGCUUCAAACAAAAAGACAAAAUGACCGUCACAGCACCGCCAUUGAAACGCUUCAAGUGCCUGUGUCUUGGGUGA